UAUUUGUAGUUGCAUUGCAAACAAUGUUUUUUUAUACUAUUUUAAUGGCCCAAAUUAACCUGUAAAAUCAUUGAAAAUGGAACAUUUAAAAAUUUGGCACAUGUGCCGAGGAUGUGUUACAUUAAUCAAAUUUUAAUUGUGAAAAUAGUAAUUUUUAAACUGAUGUACGUUUGAGCAAUCAUCUAUCAUAGGGUACAACUCGUAAUUAAAUCAUUUUGAUAGUACACAGCGCCCUGAAGCUGUAUUUUCCAUAGACAAUUAUCGGUCUCGGGACUUAGCCGAAUUUUAAAAGAUGCGCACGCGUGUCGUCCAAAUGCCCCGUAUAUGAUGCACCUGUGCCGCACGCAUGCAGCACGCAUGCCAGCACCUAGCUUCUUCAAGUGUCUGCACGCGUGCUCCUGGAAUGCCAUCGAAAAGCGGGCACGAGUGCCGAAAUCAUGCAGCACGCGCGUGCCGCCAACGUGCUGUCUCGCGUGUUGGUUCAAAUUUUCGCGCGGAGCACGGUAAUCCAUCAAAAUGACAGCACUGUGCGAGCACGCGUGUCGAGGCACGCAUGCUCACGAAUUGCUCAACGCAUGCAGCGCGCGGUGCUGUCAUAAUGCUCUAGGUCAUCAUAUGGGUGCAUACGAGGAGCAUGCCGUGCCGUGCGAAAAAUACGCGUCCACGAAAUCGGGAACAUGCGCGCAAAAUGCCUGCAUACGAACGGCAUUAUGCUCGCAUUUUAUCGGCACCCGUGCUGGACAGAUCCACCACGGAAGCAAGCAAAAUGCUCGGUCAUAUGCUCGUCAUAUGACUUUCAUGUGCGGAUGCAAGUGGACCGUCAUGCGUGCCCAUUUCGUGCCGGCACGUUUUCAGCAUUUUCAGAGCACGCUGUUAUCUGGGUGGGGAUGUUGGGUCAGGAGCCGCUCUUAACAGGUUUUAGUUUUAGGAGAAAAUAACUUAGCUUUAAAACCCCGGGGAAAAAAGGCCUCGUCCUAAUCCUGCCAGAUGGCGUCUGGGCAUUCCCAGGCCCUCCUUAGCCGUCAUCUCGGGUCUUGGUUUUUGUGGCGUUUUAUGGCCCUCUUUAUGGCUCGCCCGGUUUAUGUUCUCUAGCCCUUCGAGCCAUGAGUGAUAAUCCCGCAUUCUACGGUUUUCUAGGGCUUCUCGAGUUUUCGAGUUUCGACGUUUUUAUAAUGUGUGUUUGAAAUUCGCGCGUCGCGCCUAGUGUGAGAAUCGCGAGUUAGCCGGGGUUCUAAUGGUGGCGCCCCAUUCGGUAUCUUACACUAUACCAACUUCCAGCCCGACCGUGAUGGGACGUCACAUGGUCACAUCAUUACUAUAAGUGUGUGUAUGUAUAUAUAUAUAAUCACACGUCACAUUAUGCAAUAAUCACAUGGUUGCUCUCCGCUCAUAUACGAUAAACAAGUUUAUCGUGUACGUUCCGCGAUGACGAUUGCAGUGCCACAGUAUGCGAAAUGGGUAGUAGUUUGCGCGGGAAAUUCAAAAUUUCGACAAAAAAAAUAGUCAAAAAAUGCUAGAAAGAAUGUAAUGAAUUUUUAUAAAAUAUAUAAAGUUAUUUCAUUGUUAUUAAAUAUUCUUAUGUUAAAAUAAAGGUAAUUCCUAAAGAAAAUAAUUAUUUUUUAGAACUUUUAUUCAUAAAUGAGUACAAGUUUGUACAAAAUACAAUUUUAAUAUAAUUUUGUACAACCGAAAUACAAACUCUGCUUCUCCAAAAUGUUAGCUUAAAAAUCUCUUAUUAUAAAAUAAUAGUUAUUCAUAUUCAGGAUCUAGAUACUCUGUGUUAUACUCGAUAUCUUUGUCAAUCUCUAAGUCUUCGGUAGCAUUUUCAACUUGUGGACCUGUUCUAAGCUGCAUAAUGCAGCAGCGAUAUCAGUACACAGCUUUUCCAUUGCACUUGUAAUUUGUGCAAAUCCUGUUUCCAGGAUUACAUUUUGAUUUUGAAAGCACUGGAGUAAUCCUGUUGAUAAAUUUGAAAUAAUGAGAUUACUCUCUUUGACCAUCUCUAACUGGUACUCAAGCCCAUCUAAAAAAUCAAAUGAAAAAAAAAAUAUAAGAGAGAAACUACAAAGUCUACGAGAAGACCAACAGAUUGUUCGUGAGGAAGGUCGUUAUUAUUUUCUUGGUGACAGUGGCUAUACAUCUUCCCCUAUCAUGUUGACCCCAAUACAGAAUGCCCCGGAAGAUUCAGCAGAAGCUCUCUAUACAUCCGAGCACACCAGGACUCGAUGCCAAAUAGAACAAACAUUUGGAAUCUAUUCAAAUGUGUGGCUAGCGAUUAGUAGACGUCGUGUACUACCAUACAAACCAAAAAAAGUAGCAUUGAUUAUUCUUGCUUGUGCUGUUUUGCACAAUUUCAGAAGAUUAAAUGGUAUACGUCCUGGCUUUCCAGCACAAAAUCAUGCCAAUAAUGACAGACAUGUUUUCGAAGAGGGAGAUUUUCAAGCUGGAAUUCUGGAGAGGCAGCGUUUAAUUUAUCGUUACUAUGUAUAAAAUAUUACUAAUCUGAAAUUACCAAAAUUGUAUUUUGUAAUAAAAGUUCUAAAAAUAAGUUCCUACAGAAUUACUUUCU